AUGGAGUGCGUAAUUAAGAUGAAGCCUCUUCGUCGCUGUAUCAAGCGUCAGAAAAAUCAUUCCAAGUGCAGGAUUAACAACUUACCUGAUGAUAUGCUUAUUGUCAUUCUUUCCUGUUUGAACUUCCAUGAGGCAGCGCGUACCUCUAUUCUCUCACAGAGAUGGAGAUACUUAUGGGAGCAUACAUCUUGCAGUCUUGAAUUCUAUAAUAACAAGACAUAUACGACGCGACGAGCCGAAAGGUUUAUAACUUUUAAUCAAGUCUUGAAAUUGCAUCAGGCUGCAUCUAUAGAGCAGUUCAAAGUUUGUUUUUACUGCCCGGUAUUUUCUAUCGCAGAAGAGCAACACAAACGCGACAGUUCUAUUGAUGCCUGGAUUCGUUUUGCAAUAGGAAAACAAGUCAAGGUGUUUGAAUUGGACUUGGCCACAAAGCCUAGGCUUGUAUCUCCUACCACUUAUAGCAUUCCUCACGUGAAAAAACUCUUGUCCAUUUCCGGCGGCCAGCUAAAGUUGCUGACAACUCUCAGGACUCUUAAAUCUGUUCGAUUUGUUGGUGUCAAAGUAACACAAGUUGUUCAAUACCUUUUAUCCAACUGUCCCUUGCUGGAGACUGUGUAUUUCAGCCUCAGAUUCUCUCAAGAAAUUGGUGGUUCGUGGUUCAUUACCUAA